GCUGCCUGACAAGUUAAACAGUUAGUGUGUCGCGUCUAUUUGUGGUAUUAGUACGCGUCUGUUUCAACUCCCAGCCUGACGGUGGCUGCCAAGGCUUACCCAUGAGUUAAACCUUCUUUAGUUGGUAAUGAGGAAGGCGUGGGCUCUAGCAGUGGGUGAAAACAAGCAAAAUAAUGAAAAGUUUGGCUGUGAGAAGGUGCUAGACAGCCAGCCAUAGUGACCAGGAGGCAGGAAGAUACAUAACCACUACAGGGAAGAUAAGAAAAAAAAAUCGUAUCCCCGCGGUCUCUGCGCUACGAGGACGCGACCGAGCAGCGCCAUCAUUGUUGUGGAGCUGCCGCUGCUCUUCACGCUUUGCCACCUGCACCUGCCAGCGUGUCGCUGUCAGGGCCGUGUAUUUGGGAAAUUAUUAAGUCUGACCAUCGCAUCUACAGCGUGGUGUAGUGUGACUGAGGAUAUUUGUAGUGCUGCAUAGCCAGAAUCACUCCAGGUACACAGACAGGUUGCACAAGUGAGUCAUCAAUUACCUAUGGAAUGAUAUGAAGAAAUAGCGUGUCUUGAUGAUUGGACUGAAAAAGACAUGACUGUGAACUUAUGAUGCAGUGGAGAAAGAAGGAUAUGGAUUUGACAUAUUGAUAGCAAAGAUGAAAAGACAGAGUUUUAAAAUACUUGAGAUUGACUAACUAAACAAGGCUUGGUGAAUUUACUUUUACUUGAGAUUAUAUUUAUCACUCAUUUUGUACAUAUAGAAAAGUGGAUGAUAAAUGGAUAACUCUGUGCAAAGAGUAGGUAGAAUAUUGGGGAAGUUAUAUGGAAGUAACAGACCUCCACAUAGUGAUUGGAGGUUUGGAGACUCAAGAAUGCUAGAUAGUUCUCGGGCAUUCAAAGAUCCCCAAAUACAAGGGACUUCACGACAGCAUGGUGAUUUCCGAAUCCAAGAAUCAAGGCUACUUCUUGAAUCAAGGAUGGAACCAAAUUAUUCACCUCCAAGAAUGUCUGAUGUCUCAGAAAUGCAGGGAAAUGAAAGAAUUCCUGAGAGGGUCCGUGGAGGUCCUCAGCUGCAGAGAGAAGUCAGAGCACAUCCAGAAUCAAGGAUACAUUCAAGUAAUAGAAUGCAAGGAAACUCAAGAAUAUAUGAAGACUUGCCAGUGCAUGAUCAGCAGAGGUCAAGGUCAAGUGCUGUUGCUUAUGAUUAUAAUCAUCAACGUUCUGAUGAACAUAGUCCAUUGAAAGACACAAGUGUUUCACCAAAUUUUGCUAUGAAUUCAAAUGAGAACAUAAGAUCAGGAAGGAGUGGCUACAAUGUUCAAGAUGAUAAUAUCAGACAGGGAGUUUAUGAUGCUUUACCUGGGUUACCAAGUGAUAGCACUGGCAAAAAGAAUAUAUGUCUUUUGCCACCAAAAGGUUAUGGUCCAUUAAGUGGAAUACCUCCUGGAUCAGGUCACAUACUGACACCUAGUCUAACAUCUUCCUCAGGACCUCAGGUUGUUGAUGGAAUUAGAUCUGCUGGAAACAGAGGCUCCUAUUCAAAGGAAAAGAGCUCAAAAGCUUUUGAUUAUCUGAAGACUUGGAGACUUAAGAUGAAUCUGCCAACUGAUACAUUUUUACUUGAGAAGGAUGGUGCAGCAGGAAAUCAGCAAGGUCAUGAUGUUAUGGCUCCUCAUACACAUGAUGAUUGGUACACACAACCUCCUACAGCAGAACCAAGGGUUGGAAGGGCAAGCAUUGACCCAGAAUGGAAUAGUUCAGGCAAUUCAUUUGCAGAAAAAGAUGGCUAUGUGGAACGACCUGGCAGUAAAUAUGGAGAAAUGAGGUAUGGUGUAUAUAAUGAAUCAGCAGCAACAUAUCCUCGAGAACAAAUCCUUGAAAGUGAUAGAACUGGUCAUCAACCAUGGAAGUGGGAUGAAGAAGCAUCCAACAUCCAAAAUCAAGGGGCUAAAAGAAAUUAUGAAAGUAUGGCCUCAGGACAGAGUUUUAAUAGUGCACACAGAGAUAGCCAUUAUCUUCAAGAUGAGAUGGUGCAGUCUAAAAGAUCAAGGUUGUCUCCAUCUCGGAUGCAGAAUGACAGAGAAGCUGUUGAACAUUACACACCAAUGGUAUCACAACAAGCCCUGUCACAGAAUAAUGUUUCAUAUAGUGAUAAUGCAAAAUUUAAAAUGAAUGCUAAUGAACCAUUUUAUGAACCACACAAUGACUGGAAGACUUCAUCAUUUCACAGAAGACCUUCAGUUGAUUCUAACAAAUUUAGACGAUCUCGAUCUCCCCAUGAUACCAGAGGUGAAAGUGUUGGGUCUAGACAUAAGUUAUUUCCAGGAGAGAUGAAGGGAAUAAUAGCAAGAGAAGAAUCACAAGGAUCUUAUUCCCAGUCCAGAGAAGUGAGAAAUUUGUCUCAUAACAUGGCACAUUCACAGAGGUCACCAGAGCCUUUAGGAAGAGAUAGAUACCCUGAGUCUCAUCUUCAGGAUAGAGCACCCAGAUUAACUGAGCGUGGAAGGUCUCCAGAGCCUAAUCAGAACACUUUGAAUCAAGGGAGACCACCAUCCAAUGAAAUGUUUAUGGCUUCUGAUCCUUACUCCUUGGAUAUAUCUCCAAGGUUAUAUCCCAGAUCAAGGUCAAAUAGGUCCCCAGUUAAGGUUAAAUCUCCAGGACCAGGAAUGAGAGGAAGGCCUCCACCUUUUUCCCAUAGUAAGUCACCACCAGUGGCAUCCAGAGCAAGGAAUAGGUCAUCACCAUGGAGAAAAGGGAAGUCGCCUGGACUUGGAAGAGGAAGACCUCUUGGACCAGAAAGGGAGAGGUCACCAGCACAUGUAGGGAGAGUGUCUCCUAGAGCAGUAGGAAAAGGAAAAUCAUCUGGACCUGGUGGGAGAGGAGGAUUGUCUGGGCCUUCUGGAAAACAGAGAUCACCAGGAGCACAAAGGUUACCAGGACCUCCAAGAAGAGAUAGGUCACCAGAGGUUGCAAGGAGAGGAAAGUCACCAGGAUCUCUUGGAAGAAUGAGAUCACCUGUGUCUCCAAGAAGGGGAAGGUCACCAGGUCCUCAGGGAAGAGAAAGGUCACCUGGAUCGCAAAGAAGGGAAAGGUCAUCACCAGGACCUCCAGGGAGAGAUAGGUCAUUAGAUCAUGGAAGAUGGAAGUCUCCAGGAAGACCAUUGGACCACUCAGGAAGAGGAAAGUCACCAGAACUUCAUGGAAGAGACAGGCCACUAGGAUCAUCUGGAAGAGGGAAGUCACCAAUGCUUGUAGGAAAAGGAAGAUCACCGAUACAUGCUGGAGUGGGCAGAUCUGGACCUCCAAGAGGACCAUCAUCAGGACCUCUAGAAAGGGGAAGGUCACCUGGAAAGUCACAUUCAGGUAGGAGGGGCUCUCAAGGAUCGCUUGAACGAGGGAAAUUACUACCCGAGUCAUCUGGGAGAGGCUCUUCACCAGGACCUGGAAGGGGCAGGUCGUCAGGAACCUCUGGAAGACCCAGGUUACCAGGGACAGCUGUUAGAGACAGGUCACCAGGACUCCAAGGAAGAGGAAAGCAAACUGCUGCUUCUAAUAGGGGUAGGUCUCCCAAGCUACAUAUUACAGGUAAGCCUUCUAAACCUAUCAAGGGUAGUUCACCUGGUUUGGUGCCUCAUCGCUCAGGUGAAUAUCAGGAGCAGCUGAGAUCCAGAAGUCCAGGUGCUCAAAGGAGGUCUACCAAAGGUCAAACUGAUUCUCCAAAUCAUCCUCCCAGGGGAAGAUCACCAGUGAAGGGAAAAUCUUUAGGAGGUGCAAGAACAAGAUCUGAUUCAUUCUCACAAACAAAGACAAGAUCCAUUAUGAAGGAGAGGUCUGAGAGACUUGGUACCAGAUCUGCACGGUCUCCAGUAAAGAGACUGGCACCAGGUCCGAGAGAGAAAAAUGAAAAUCUUACAGGACAUGAAUAUGGAGAGUACAGAGAUAAAAUGGAGAGAUCACCAUACUUUGAAGAAAUUUCAGUGUCACCAAGAACCAGUAGAUUUUGGUCUCCCACAAGAAAAGGAGUAAUGAAUAUGAGGUCUCAACGUAGCAGGGAAAGGUCACGAUCUGUAGAUGCACUUCAGAGAGGGUGUUCACCUGUCUCACCUCAGUCUGGAGGAUAUUCAGGCCGUAAUCUCUAUCCACAAGAGUCAUUCAUUGCAGAAAGAGAGGACCAUAUGCAACAAGAUCGUGCCACACAUUUUUACCGUGACUGCUCUCCUCUAUCAGUGGAUGGCUAUGCAGCUGUAGGAAAGAAUAGUUUAGAAGUAGAGGUGAAGGGCCAUGGUGGGAACCAGCAAGAAAGAUUUUAUUCACCAUCAAGAGAGGUGUCCUUUGGGGCAGGAAGGAGUAGUGUGGAGAAGGUUCAUAAUACCAAAGGUAACUGGAGAGAACAUGAAAAAGACAGAGUCAGUCAACACUAUCAUGGAAAGAAAGGUGCAGUUGGUAAGGUUUCAGAUCCAAAGGAUGUGAAAAAAGUCAGUGGUAGUAAAUUUUCUGAUAUACGAGGAGGAACUUUGUCGGAAGAGGAAGUAGAUGAUGAGGACUUACGGAUUCACUUACUACGUCUUCGAGAGCAAAAAGUAGAAAUGAAGUUGAUGAAGCUAGAAGAAGAGAGCAAAGAAACAGAGUUGAAGUUAUGGGAGCUCAAAAAGAGUCGUACAGCACCAAGAGAAGAAAGUCCUAUUGAGGAUGAGAGGAGAUUCUCUGAAAAGGAAUCUUUUCAUCCACAUGGUCGAAGACAAGAGCCAUAUUCAUGGAAGCAUCAGCGUUUGCCAUCUCCUGAACAGGAACGAUACCAUCGACAGCACAAACGUUACUAAUGUUAUCUCAUUAUUUCUGAAGCAGUGAUAGCCUUUCUUUAGGCUGCUUUAUAGAAAACAGUACAAUGAAAAAGGCAUUAGGGUUAGGAUGAAAAAUGUAUCAGACUUAUUUUCUUCUGCAGCACAAAAUAUGAAAAGUUAAGUCGUGUAUGAAUAUCUGUUCCAGCAGCAAAAUAAGAAAUCUGAAAUUAUUUGUGAGAGAAACAAGUUAAAGGACCUUAAUUUGUGUUUCUUGGUAGUAAUAGUGAAGUUUGAGACCACCUGUGACUGGCAGUAAGUUGUUGUGAUCCACUGUAAGGACUUUGUUCACCACAGAUGUGUUACUUUUAAGUAAGCUUGUUUUGUGAAAUUUUAGGAACUUUACAGAUGUUAAAUUUUCUGUUCAAGAAACACACACACACACAUCAGAAAAUUAGAAAGAAUUCAGAGAGCUGCAACUAAAAUCCCUACAAGCCUAAGAGGGUACAGUUAUGAAGAGAGGUUAAAAAGAUUGGGUCUGACUACACUGGAAAAAAGGAGGGAAAGAGGUAAUUUGAUAGCACUAUAUGGAAUAUUGGAAGGAAUGGAGAAGUUGGACAGAGAUGAUCUUGUUAUAUCAGAUAUGAGAGGUACCAUAGGGCAUGGAAGGAAAUUGAAAAGGAGUGUUUGCAGAAGAGACAUCAAAAAAUAGCUUUCCCUACAGAAGCAUAGCAGUGUGGAAAGAACUUGUUGAUGAAACUGUGUGUGCUAAGACAGUCCAUGAAUUUAAAGAAAAUUUGGAUAAAAGUCAGGACAGCAUGAGCCUAGUGUGGUUGUUAUCCUGUAUCUCACAACUAGGUAAAACUAGAUAUACACACACACACAUACACACACACACACACACACACACACACACACACUUCGCUGUGAUCUAACAGCAGGGUUCACAACACUGGAUUUUUCAUUGAUGAGUGAGCAGUUACUGUUCUCACUGAGUGGUGUGUGAUGGGUCUCAGCCUUACCCAUAGAUCAGGCUAUCAUGAACUAUGUGCUGUCUCUGAGCAAGUACAGCUGGUAGUCAUGAGUCCAGCACAUGAUCAUCAAAAGCCAUGAUGAAUUAUGUGCAUGCACACACACACACACACACACACACACACACACACACACACACACACACACACACACACACACACACACACACACACACACACACACACACACACACACACACACACACACACACACACACACACACACACACACACACACACACACACACACACACACACACACUGGUAGUUCUCCUGCAUCUUGUUCAUUCACUGGAAAGGGAAGGGAAUGUUUAGUGUAUGGUGUUGCAGGAGUAAACCAGCUCAAUUGUCAGGUAUGUUGCAGAUGUUAUGCCAGAAAACUGACUCAUAAUUAGUCAUUUCAUUCCAUGAGGCUUAGAAGUAAACAUGUGAGGAAAUGCUUGUGAUUGUAGCUAUUUCAACUACUCUCUUUACAGGAGGAUUGUCAGCCAAGUACAGUUAAGGUCUCUUAAUCUGAUUGGAAUGGAGUAAGAAUCAUUGAAAUUAGCAGGGUACCUCUCAGAACAUAGGACAGUACUGCUUAGAACAUAGAUAAUAUGUACAUAUAUAAUAUACAU